CAGCAUCAGGCCAGGAGCCCCGGUGACGGCAAGCUCCUGGCCCACUCCUCCAACACUGCCGUAAAGUUGUCGCCGGGCCAUCAUUCGACGCUACCGCGCAAGAAGACGUUGCCGCUGACGGAUGCCACCGUCGGCGGCAGAACGACGAGCAACUCGUCGUCCUCGGCAACCAGCGUUCAGCAACAACAGUUUCAACGGGGCCAGCCGUUAAGAAGAAGCUGUUUAUCGCCGACGCAGCAGCAACAGCAACAACAAUUGCCUCCUCCUCCUCCUCCUCAUCAUCAUCCUCAUCAUCAUCAACAACAGCAACAACACCGACAGCAGGACAGUUCGUUGCACUUUGAAUACUUUGUACCGCGCAGCGUGAGCGAAUUCAAUCUCGCAGCCGCUGUGACAGACGUGGCGGUGCCACCGCCACCUCCCGUAACGUCGGUUCUCAGGCCUCCAUCGGCGAUCGUACCGCCGGCGCCGGUUGCGACCGGAGUGAUCGGUACCACCAGUCAAACGCGAUUGUUGGACGGUAGCAGCAGCGGUGGUGGCGGUGGCGGUGGCGGUGGUGGCUGCAACACCGCUACCAGAAGUCGUGAGAAAAUGGUUACGUUCGAGGAUGAGGGGGUCAGUUGCGGAGUUACCUCGACACCCACUAGAAAGAACUUGCCCACUCUAGAUAACGUUUUUAUGUGACGUGUGCCGCAGAUUUCACGAAUGAUGAAGCGCUUGCUCUGCUGCGGAUGGAUCAGAGCCUCGGAAUUUCCAUACCUCGAGUCUAAAGAGACGAGCGAUUCGUCGAAAUGUCGAUCGAUAGUCGGCCGAGUGUCAUUCGGUAAUAACGGGAGAAAAAUUAAACGAAUAUGAGAAUUAUUUCUACGUCGAAUAAAUGAAUAAAUGAAUAAAUGUAAAAAAUAACUGUGAUUGACUGAUAUUAGCGAUUGAGACGUCUUUCGACAUUUUUGUAAAAAUAAAAAAAAAUUACUAAUCGAACGUAUUCUCAAUAAGAUAACUCAACAACUCUAGUUGAUAUAAAAAUAGUCAUAUCCGAUUAUAUUCUGAAACAUAAAUACCAAAUAAAAAACGAAAACCUAUUCACAGUUUACAUAAAUUCCAAUUAAAAAGCAAAAAGAAUACGAAAGAAAGACACAGAGAAA